AUGGCUUUAAUUGUUAUUGUUUUAGUUCUAGGUUUUUUCAUUACUGGAUGCAUUGCUAUUUACAUCCAACAAUGUUCCGAUAAUUCUUCAAAUGGUGAUCCGGCUGCUUUUGUUAGAAAUGAAAAUUUGUUAAGAGCUCAAAUCCGUGGACUCGAUCAAUCCGUAAUAGAAACAUUUCCGACAUUUUUAUACGCCGAUGUGAAGGAUUUGAAAUUCGGUAAAGAGUCACUGGAGUGCGCUAUUUGCCUUAAUGAGUUUCAGGAAGAUGAAACACUGUGUACCGAGGUCACACUCGACGGGUCAUUCACUGAGUCAACCCGUGGUCUUGUGAUUUGUGGAUAUGCAUCAUUUAAUUAUAAUGGAACAAUUGGGUUGUCUUUGAAAAAUCACAUCAAGUGUUUGAGAAUUGAGAUUUAG